AUGUCCACGCCAUCGAAACGUCCGGCUUUGGGAAUCACGGGGACCCAGAAACAAGCCCUUCGAGUUUGGGCACAAAGUCAGAACCCCCGUCCAUCGCAAUCCCAAUGUUCUGCUUGGUUUGAACAAACCUAUGGACGUAGCCUCUCCCAAUCCACCAUCUCAACAAUCCUCUCCAAAAAGUUCGACCACCUAGAUGCCGGUCCGGCAUCUACCUUAAGACGUCAAUUGGCACCACAAUGGCCUCUCUUGGAGACACCACUUUGUGAAUGGCUCGCGAGUCAAGAACCCGGCUCAACACCCACGGCCGAUAUUAUUAUUACCAAAGCACGCGAAAUCUGGAAUCAAAUUCCGGAAUACCAGACCCUGCCACUUCCUCACUUUAGCAAUGGGUGGUUGAACAGAUUCAAGAAACGAUAUGCCACCCAACUCCAUGAUCGCCAAGAUGGGGUGUCUCCACCUCCACUCCAAGCUGGUCGCAAGGAAAUGAGAGCACUGAAAACGCUAUGUGGUGAAUUCCGUGAAGACGAUAUUUACAACAUGGACGAGACCGGCCUUUUCUGGCGAAAGCCUCCAUUCGGCGAUUCCCCCACUCAGGGCCAAUUGACAACAAACAGGGAAAAUUCCCGCAUCUGUCUCGUGCUCUGUACAAACAGCACUGGGUCAGAUCGGCUGCCCCUUUGGGUCAUCGGACAUACGCAUAUGCCGGAGGCACUGCGCAGGGCGAAUCUCAAAGCCAUGGACUGCAAUUGGCGAUAUCAUCGGCAGGGCUGGCUAACACAAUCGAUCAUGCAAGAAUGGCUGCUCUUCUUCUACGACCAUGUAGGCGAGCGCAGAGUUUUGCUUCUGCUAGAUAAUCAUCCAGACCACCAAGCUGCUGUCGAGGCUACGCCGCCGCCUCCGAAUGUGCAUGUUCAACUGUUCCCCACUCAAACUCGCACUUCGAAUGAGCAGCAGCCGAUCAACUUGGGAAUUUCACAGACUCUCAAACACUAUUAUCGCAAGCAAUGGCUUGCGUACAUUGUGGCAGGUAUGGAAUCGUCCCAAAACCCAGUCCACAUGAUGAGUCUUUAUCACACUAUAUCCUGGGCCACCCGGAGCUGGCGUCACGACGUUGCAAAUGCGAUUAUUUAUAGAGCCUUCCGGAAGAGCAGUUUACUGGACCCGCAGAUCGAUUUCAUCACUGCCCCCAAAUCACCCGAUCUGACAACCCUCUACGAGACUGUAACACGAAACAAUCCUGAUGGUCGAACGGUUACCAGCCUUGAAAAUUUUAUUCAUCCCGUGGACGAGAAUUUCGAAGGUGUAAUAGAUGUCGCCGGGUUUAUCGUUGAAGGUGAACCUACUCUCCAGGAACUGGAUGACGCUAUUGUGUCCAUUCCGCCGUACCAACUUGUACCUCCUGCUGUGGAUGCAGUCAUUGGGAUACAGACGGCCAUCCGAUACUUGGUACAUCAGCCUUGGUCCACCGCGACGGAUCUUCAAGCUCUAGAGAGAAUAGAGAGAAUGAUAAAUCGCCUCGCUAUUGAGGAGCGACGGCAGGCACAUGUUGGUCAUUUUGAUUGA